AUGGCAACGAGUAAAGAUGAUAUCAAGUAUGGAACAGCACAAGCAAGGCACUCAGAAGAUACAACAACAAGAGAAGCUUAUAUAGCAGGUCAACCAAUUGAAGGUGGCAAAAUAGCUGAUUCUGAACCGGUGGAUUUGUUAUCAGCUGCUCAUCGAAUUGCUGAAGCAAAACAGCAGCAGGCCUCUCAUGAAUCAACUCAGGAUUCCUCCACUAAAACUAGUACUACUCAGCAAUAUGCUGGUUCUGAUUAG